GCAAUGAUUGCAACAGCUCAAGCUGCCAGUGUCUCGUAUGUGGUGGGUGCUCCAACUCUCCGCGCCUAUCCCUAUGUCUAUGGCAGUCAUGGUACCACCGUCGUCACUCCCGUCCAACAACAAUACCAUACCCAGGAUGAAUUGGGACAAUAUGCGUAUGGUUACAGUGAUCCUCUGUCCAGCAAACAGGAGAUUCGUUCCUUGGAUGGCGUAACUCGAGGUUCGUAUUCGUAUCGUGAUGCCGAUGGUAUUCUACAAACUGUUGACUACAGGGCCGACGACACGGGAUUUCAUGUUGCAGCCACCAACUUGCCAAAACCAAUUGGCCACCAGUCGCCAAUUCCCGAUACAACUGCCACAGUUGCCGAUACCACAAAUUCCAUUUCCGCAGAUUCCGAUUCUGAGUCAGUUAACUCAGCUGGCGAGCCUAGUGAUGCGAUUUAUUCGCGGAGCGGGUUGCGCUUGGCAGAGUCUGCAGCCGCUUACACAAAAUCUGUUCCAAUUGCAGCCCAUGUUCGCACUAUGGAAUUGCCUCAGUCCUUGGCGGAUACCAUUAAGGUGGCCCCGACCACAGGUAUUUAUGUGAGUUCGGCUGCGCCCAGAAAUGUUGUUGUGGCUCGACCACUAGCAGUUGCCGGUGUUCCAGUGGCCACGAAAUCCUUAUUGCAAAAAGUGUACGGAUUUGGCUACCCACUGAGUAAACAGUACAUUUAUUCCGGAAAUAUGCAGUAUUUAAUCGUUCUGACAUUGACAUUGGCUACAGUACAAGCCAAAGGGUAUAUUUAUCCUGUUCCCUCAGUACUCCUGCAAACUCCAAUGGUGGCCACGAAACACAUUACACCGCCGAAGCUAUCACAGCAGCAACAGACACAAGUACAGCAUUACUUCACCCAGGACUCGUUGGGCCAAUAUUCUUACGGAUAUUCAGAACCAUUGUCCACAAAACAGGAGAUACGAAGUAUGGAUGGUGUAACACGAGGUUCCUAUUCCUACAUUGACGCACAUGGUCUUUUGCAAACGGUGGACUAUGUAGCCGAUCAAAGUGGAUUUCAUGUUGCGGCUACAAACUUGCCCAUGAACACUCCACAGCCGGUUACGGACACUCCCGAAGUGGCAUUAGCCAGAAAACAGCACUUAGAAGCGCAUCAAGCAGUACUCAAUGGUGAUAUGACCAGCAGCUCUUCCACAAUACUGUCGAAGCCGGUUAAGGACACAGUUGAAGUUGAAACUGCCAAAAAAGAGUUCUUUGCCCGCUAUGCCCUUGAAGAAGAGAAACAGAAGCUUUUGCGCCAAAAUGGCCACUUAAAGAGCAAUAUCCUAGUUGUGCCUGCUGUUCGGUCGCCCCCACGUUCAACCCUUAAAACAGUCACUUUGGCAAACCCAAGUGUCAGACGCCAGCAAGAAUCCCCGGUUUUUCCUCAACGUUACUAUUUGCCAGCUAUUUGA